AUGUCGCUUUUUGGCGCCAUCGUGCAAUCCGUUCAUAGAAAGUUCAACUAUCAUGUAGAAAGUGUUCAUCUUUUGGAGUUGUAUCGAGAAUCACUACCUGCUUAUCACAGUGGCAAUCGUCCUGAAAUGCUUGGAUGGUCCGAGAUGUCAAGCGAAGCCACAUUUUAUGACAACAUCGACGAAUCAAUUAGGCUCGAUCGGCUCAGCGUAAACAUUGUGCUUAUUCAUAGUAUAAGACUAUCAAAGCAUGCACUGCAAAAGUUUAGUGGUAGCACAGCAUGA